ACUCUGGAACUCUGGCUAAGGCCGUGGCAUAUUAUUUGUGCGAUUAAAAUGAUCGCGAAUGGGGAAAUCUAAGGAGGCGGAGGAGUUCAUUGGAGGAGUGGAGGGCAGCGGAUUCGCAAGGAGGAGUCUCCUUUGUGUUCGAGCGUCUGGUUUGGCGGGGCUUCUGCGGCAGUCAACUUCACGCUUCGCUCAACCAUCACCAAAUAAAUUUCAUUGAGCAUCUCUGCACAGUGGGCUGGAUUGGUUAAUCAGGAAGGAAAAACGUACUACCGAUAUUCCAGGAUAUAUAAUUUAAUAUAGAUAGAUUGAGAUAAAUAUAGGUAAUUGUUUAGAUUUAAAUAUUUUUUGUAUAUUAGUUUUCAAUAUUCUGUACUACAAAUUUUACACGAUCUUCCACUUUACCCACUGUGCUCAUUGUUCCCGACGCAGUUCACUCUGUGUGAUCCAAGGCGACGUGCCGCGUCUGCCGUGGCUUCUGCUCCUUGCUGCAGCUCGACCACAUUCCAAGUACUUUACCUUUUGCCUUUACCUUUGCCUUUGCAUUGGAGCCUACCUUUUUACCUUCACCUUGGCCAGGCUGGGGCUCGGCCUGGCUUUUUGCUUUUGACCAGGCUGCUGCUGCUGCUGCCGAUGAUGCUGCAUGCCCCAGCGCAUGCUUCAUCUGUUGCAUGUAGUUACCGCUUUCAUGGCUAAGUGGUUGACUGGACAUGGUCGUCUUCGUCUGUUUUUACGGCCUCGUCUUGGGUGCCAGUGCCUGCUGCAUCCUCUGAUCCACAUGCACAUCCACAUCCCGACGAAGACGACGACGACGAUGCCGAUUCGGAACCCGAAUCCUAUCCACUCCUUGUGGCCGGUUGUUUCUUUUGCAGUUGCGUGUCACGUACAAGCAAUUCGCAUGUUUCAAAAAUGCUUCGGACAUGGCUCUUUCUGCCGCAGUGUGUCGGUGUAUCUGUGUUUUCGGUUGGCUGUUCUGCCGGCGGUUCAUCUCGCCGUCAUCGUGGUGGUUGCACCAAGCAGCGGAGAUGCAGAAGGUUCAGGAGAUUAAACGGUUUAAAGGUUACAUCGCCGGCCAGCACUCCUCGCCGAGAUUCCACAUAUUUAAUAUGGGGGUUCGGUGCGAGGAAUCCUGAAUUAUGAUCUAGCAGGUUGCAAGGUUCCAUUACUUGGCACAACUCUAAAAUAACCCAUGUUUAUAGGAUAUGCAACGCAUAUAAAUUUAGAGAAUACAAAAGCUAUUUCAUUAUAUUUUUAGAUUUUAGUCACUUUUGAUUUUUUAUCAAUAAUAUGAAUAACAUUUCAAUUUCUGGUUGCUUAUCUAAAGUAGUAUUAUUAUUGCACACAAGCUAUUCCAGCUUCCUCAUCCUGAGACAUCCAAUUAGCAUCGCCAUGGGCCUGGGCAACUGUCCGCAUUCAUAAUCUUCUAAUUCCAUCAAGUGCACCUUGGACCAACUCCCUUUCAGCGAACUCUCUCCAUCCCAGAUGCAGUCGUCGUGGACAGGAUUUUGAGGGCAGCUCCCUUGGGCCCACACCCAACCAACCAUCCCAGUUCUCACGCUGAGCUCACCUCCGGGCUUGUCCAGUUGACCAGUGCGGGGGAAACCAGUACACAUCAAUCUGCUUGUGUCAACACCCCGACCACGGCGACAUCGUCCAGAUGCACAGCCACAUCCACAUCCACAGAGUUAGUUCAGAUAGAGAGGCAGUACGGCCAGUGGCCACCAUCCUGACUGGCUGACGUGCAAUGCCCUAAAAGGAUGCUGAACUCCUAUUGACUUGUUAAUGCGAUCACUUUAGCUGACCCAAAUAUAGUCAAACGUUUCAAUUUGUGCAACGUUUUUGGGCAAUUGAUAGCCGCGAGCAGAGCGAACAGCCAAAAGAGCAAAAGCGCCAAGCGCGAACAGAAGCA